UUAAAAACCUUCGCUCCGCGCUAUUUUGGCGCUCAGUUUAUCAGUCUUCGGUGCCAACUCGCCAUCAUGUCAACUUCAAACGAGCCUCCUGUUAAAGUACAAGUUCUGUACCUUGUGAGAAGAAAAAAGUGGGAAACAAAAGACGUUAGCGUGAGUGGAUUCGACGGAAAAUGUCAAAUAAAAGUUGAAUCAACAGCAAGGAAAAUCUUGCGACAGAAAACAAUGGAAAUUGAAGUGUCAGGGAACAACUUCUGUGUGGUAGAGAUGGGUACAGCAGGUUGUCAUAGCAAUGUGAUUGGACUUUUAUGUAUGAAACGGGACUCCAAAAUACAAGGGCAUUUCUUUAAGUCCCAACACAAGGAAAUACUCAACAACUUGAUGACCAUACUCAGAGAGUGCUGUAGAGUUGAUUCAUUUGAUGUGAACUUGGAUGAAGACCUGAACUGUUUCCCUUCUCAGUCAACCAAAGCCCAACUUCAUGUCUUCCAUGACAAGAUCUGUUUGUCAUCAAACUCUGGUUAUGAUUUCAAAAUCUUGUGUGAAUAUCCAUUGAAUUCCCUUUCAAACUGGCAACAAGACCCAACAAACGUGACACUGACCAUAGUGCACAAAGGCAAAGAAGAAAAGCUGCUUUUAAAGACUGACAAAGGAAGGGGUAUUUGUGCAAAGUUAUCCUCAUCUGUUCAAGAAGGAUAUCAAGGAGUACAACAAUGUGAUGGCAAUUCCAAUAUUAUCACAAUACCUUCAAGGAUAAGCAAAAGUUGUGAAAUUUUGGAUCACCUGCAUCGUCGUACCAGACCAAAAGCAAAUUCAAUGUUAUCCUCAAAGAGAAAACCAAAACCAAAGUCCCAACUUACCCCUGAACUGAGCAUGGACACCAAAGAUUUUAAACAGAACUACCCUGAUCCAUGUUUUGCUGGCCCUGGACAUUUUGAAAGUAAUGUGACUGUAGAAAGCAAGGUGAAACUUACAGCUCUCGAGAUUUGUGAUGAAACAAAUGGUCAGAACAGCUGUUCAUCACCCAGUGACGUACACGACAGUGUGACUCUACAACCUUCUCCCCCUCCAAUUCCACAAAGACAAGCCAAACAAAAUUCAGCAAAGGGUGGUGAAUCUCUCCCAAGAGCAUACACAUUACCACCCAGCUUUCGGAUUGUGUCCCAACUGGAUGUUGGGGAAAGGCAGCACCUUAAAAGUGAGAUAUCAUCUAAGGGAAUAAAAACUGUUGAAAUUAAGGAGCUCGUUCAACCAAUACGUGUAGAUCCUCUUUAUAGAAAUUUUGGAAACCAUUGUGAUUCAUACACAGGCUUAAAGAUAAAUGUGGAAACAAAUAAAACAUCUGAAUCAUGUGGUGUGUGUUCACCUGAAGGAGAGGAACAGGAUAUUUUCAGCAUGGCAGGAAGUGAGGGAGGCUCAGAACCUUGUGUGGAGGAGCCUACAGUUAUGCAAAACAGGGCAUCACCACAACCUUUCAUGAUGUCAGAUUCUGUUCCAAACUCCCAUGCAGAUAGGAAAAUUCAGGAUGAAGAUAAAGAACAAAGUUCAGAUAGCACCUGUCACUAUGUGAACUUGCCUGAAGGGUCAAGACCAAGCUGUUAUCUUUACAUGAAUCUUCCUAAUUUGAAGACAGCACCCAAAGAGGCAGCUGUUUAUGUUAAUCAUGUGUUUAUGAGUCACAGUAUGCAAGGGAUUUAUGAAAAUGUCCAACAGUUUUACAAUGAGAAGUUAGAAGAGUGUGGAGCUCCACCUGUUCCUCCACCAGUGCUUAAACCUCGCCAGCCUCCUCCGAGAUUACCAAAAAGGGCAUGUGGAGGUGGGCAAAGAGUACAGCCAACGCCCCCCAGGAGUCCGCCACAUAUGGGGGCUCCUCAUUCACCACCUCCACCCCGUCCACCCAAAAAACAUGGGGGCGUUUCAAAGAUGCUGGAAAGAGGCAUUCAGCGGCAACAAGACAUCCAAGUUACAAUUGCAGUUUUUGCAUCAAAAGCAGUAGCUGGUAGGGAGUGGUUUCUGCGCAUUGUUGUGAUGCAACAUGACCCUGAUGAUUCCACAUUCAAGAUGGUGAUGGAUCGUGAACUUGCAAGUAACUACCGCCUCAUGCAGACCCACCCAUUCAGUAUCUCCUCAGACAUAGUCAUAUCACUGAAACACCAGUGCAAACAAUUUAAACUUACCAGUGAAAAUGCUCAAGAGGUUGGCUAUAAUAUCAUUAAGGACCUUUUGCAUGGUUUUUGGUUUGUGAUCGAGUUUCACCUCGAACACUUGAGCAGUGAUGGGGAACACUUUGUGGGAAAUGUCUGCGUAGAACCCAAAGAUCUUCUUCCUGGUGAAAAGUGUCCUGUAAACAAAAGGGUUAAUCUUGGAAUUAAUGAAGACUUUGAAUUGAAGGUUCAUUCGCAACGCGUUAAUUGUAAACAACAUGGAAUUCUUCGGGGACAGGAAAACCAGACAAGCAAACAUGUGAUUUCUGAUUAUGCAAAACGGAAAAAAAUGUGUGGAUUGCUUGAUAUUUCCUCAUACAAACAAAACUGGAGAGAUGUUGCUGGAAAGUUGAGGUUUAGCUGGGAGGAAAUAAAGGGCAUCGAGGACAAAGCACAUAGAUGCCCCACCUUUUCACCAAUGGAAGAUGUUCUUACGACAUGGGAACAGAGGGAUCCUGAAAGCAGCUUGGAAAGACUUAUCAGGGUAUUAAGAGACAUUGAACGAUUUGAUGUCAUAAGUGAUCUCGGUUUUCCAGUAGGCUCUGAAAUUUUAUGAUCCAUGCCACGCUGUUGCUGAUUUAUGAAGAACGAUGAUGAGUGUUAUGGGCUGGUGUACCUGAAAUUUGAAACCAAGUUCACCCUUUGGUAAUUAAAAGCAAAGUGAGGUCCAAGACAAUUAUAUACUUUGUUUGUUUUUAAGUGAGAAAGAAAUCACUGUUUCAAUUUAAUUUUAUGACAGUGAAAUUAACUGACUACUAAAUUGAAAUUGGUCUACUGCAGCCCAGUCCCAAGUAGUUCUCAAGUGUAAGGAAAGGUAGAAAAACGUAACUGAAAUGACAUUCUCAUGCUUACAUCACUGGUAAGUGCUGGGCUUAAGGACUGCUUUAUUUAUAGGGUAUCAUUAGUUUUAGUCGUAUUUCUGGUGUGAAAUUGAAAUUAAUUUUUCUAAAAUGUCUCUUCAUUUUUUUGAUCAGUUUAUGCUCCUUGAUGAGUUUCCCAUUUUGAAUGGAUUACAAAAUUUUCAUCUUGAAAAGUAAUUUUACUUAAAUUGUACUGUAUCAUUCAAUUUUUUGGUAAAAAAAAAAAAAAAGACAAAAAAAGGCCAGAAUUCUUGGUUCUUAAAAAUCAGUGCCAACAUAAAACUCUUAUCUCAGGGUCAGAGAAAAUGGUUGAAAAACAGCCUGUUUACUGCGAACAAGUUUUAGCUCUUGGAGAUGGAGGGGGCUGGGGUGGGGAGUUUUGAGACGACAGGUUUUACAGAUACUUGGGUGUAGCUUUGGUAUCUACCCUAAUUUGGUUUUUUGGAUCAGGAACUAACAUGUCAAAAGGUAGAAUAAACCUGCUAGGGUUUGUAAUGGUCACAAAAAUGCUUGUAUUUGUUUACAGUUUUUAUACAUUUCUGUCUUUUUUUCCUAAUUUUUUAAACAAAUCUUCUUUGUACAAGGCAUUUUCAUAACUUUAAUGGCAACUUGCUCUACCAUUGCAGUAGGUUCCUUUAACAUACAGUUUCAGUGUAAUACUUUUUUGGUGUAUAUUUUGAUGAGGUGAUUGACAAAGGUAACCAACAUGUAGGUUACAACAUGUGCAUGGCACCAAAACUAAAUGUUUGUUUCUUCCUAUGGGAGUUGUUAUAAAGUAAAAGUUUCACUUUAAGUUUACUGAAAUAAAUGCAUUUUUACAAAAAUGUGCCUCCCCUUAUAAAUCUACCAAGUAAGUUCCCUAAAAACUUGUCUUUGGUUUUAUACAAAACCAACAAAAUCACCAAAGAUGCUA